AUGGAGACCUGGAGCAAAAAGGAGAUGUCAGCCCUUUUCCUCAGGAUGUGCAAGGUGAAACUCCCAUCCUUCCUCAGGGAACCCAGAGUGACAGAGGAGGACUCCCAGUCUUCACUUAUGCAGCUCUUAAGGAAAAAGAAAGAAGUCCGAGAGAUGGAAAAGGUCAUGGCAGAGAAAGAAGAGGCCUUCAGGCAGAGGAUGAAAGUCAUUGCUGACCGCUGGAGGGACCUGCAUGCCAGGAGGGCCCAGCUGAAAGCCCAUGUGGAGAGAUCUGGAAGCGCUGUGCAGAAAUGUGAAGAGUUACGAAUCCAGGCUCUGAAGACAGACAGAAAACAGAGAGAGGAGAACCUAAAAAUGGAUGGUGAGCUUUUGAGAGCCAAGAUGGAACUGGAAACCCUCAGAAAAAGACACCGUAAACUCUGCAAAAAAGUGCAGAAGUACUCCAUCUUCAAGAAAUAUCUGGAGGAUGUGGUGGAAGUCUCACAGUUUGAGGACAUCUCAGAAGUCAUUUCAGAGUAUGUGUUGCUGGUGAGGACGCGGAAGGACCUUCUGCAGUCACAACAGGGGCACAAGCAGCUGACUGAGCAAGACAAGGUGUUCCUGGAGCAGUACAAAGCACAGAAAGAAGCUGAGAUGCUUCAGUACCAAAAUGAGCUGGGGCAGCUCAAACUACGUGUUUAUCAGGCUCAAAGUGACAUCCCCCUCUGGGAGGCUCGCUGGGCUGACAUCCAGGACAGGACCUCCAAGAAAACCAGGAAGUUGUGGACUAUCAAGCUGGCCAUCCACAACCUCUUCCAGUCUGCCAACCUGCGGCUGCAAGCACAGGGGAGUGCGUUGGAGUGUACCAGCUGCAUACAGCUCAGCAUGAUACAGCAGUUUAUCCAAGACCUUAAAGACUUCCAGCUGUAUAUCGAGAUGCAGAAGCACCAGAGGGCUGCUACAGCUCUGAAGACAAAAGGGACCUGGCAGCAUGACCUGUCCAGCCAGUGA